AUGUCAACCACUUUGAGGGGAACUCCAAGUCGGUCUCAGGGCCGAGGUGCAAUCCCGUUUACGGGGAGCCCAGCUGGCUCUAGCAUCCCAAGGCCUGUUGGUGACCAUGUUGGCGGUGGUAGUGACGUGGGAACGGGAACCUCUGGUGUCAGCGCAAGUAGGCAAAAGCAGAGCAAACGAGAUGAGGCUAUUCGUCGAAAGCUGGAGAACGAUCUCUCCAAGAAGAAGAACCUGGCAACUCGUGCCCGGCACUCCCGAAAAGCUCCUCCCGGCACCGUUCUUGCCCUGAAACCGAGCCAGGCUCUCCAGAUCAAGCCUUCGACGACCGUUGCCGAGGCCGCCCAGCUCAUGGCCGCCAAGCGAGAGGACUGUGUUUUGGUCACCGACGAUGAUGAUCGCAUUGCGGGAAUUUUCACGGCCAAGGAUCUUGCCUUCCGGGUGGUCGGUGCUGGCCUCAAGGCCAACAACGUGACGAUCUCCGACAUCAUGACCAAGAACCCGCUUUGCGCCAGGACCGAUACGAGUGCGACCGAUGCGUUGGAUCUGAUGGUGCGAAAGGGCUUCAGGCACCUUCCCGUCAUGGACGAGAACCAAGACAUCUCCGGUAUUCUCGAUAUCACCAAGUGCUUUUACGAUGCGAUGGAAAAGCUGGAGAGGGCCUAUUCGUCGUCUAGGAAGUUGUAUGACGCGCUAGAAGGUGUCCAGUCCGAACUAGGAACAAGCCAGCCUCAGCAGAUUAUCCAAUAUGUCGAGGCUCUCCGAUCCAAGAUGUCUGGUCCUACCUUGGAAUCGGUCCUCACUGGAAUGCCACCUACUACGGUUAGCGUCCGCACGUCGGUGAAGGAGGCUGCCCAGCUCAUGAAGGAGAACCACACGACCGCCGUCCUUGUCCAGGACCAGGGUGCCAUUACUGGUAUCUUUACUAGCAAGGACGUUGUUCUUCGUGUCAUUGCUCCUGGUCUGGACCCGACCAACUGCAGCGUCGUCCGUGUGAUGACCCCCCACCCCGACUUUGCGCCCAUGGACAUGAGCAUUCAGCAGGCGCUCAGGAAGAUGCACGAUGGACAUUACCUCAACCUUCCCGUUAUGAAUGAUUCGGGCGAAAUUGUCGGUAUGGUGGACGUGCUCAAGCUCACCUACGCUACCCUCGAGCAGAUCAACACCAUGCAGAGCGCCGAUACCGAAGGCCCUGCUUGGAACAAGUUCUGGCUCUCCCUCGACAACGAAACCGAGUCCGCCUUGUCUGCUGAAGGUGGUAGCCUCCACCACACACACUUGGGCUCUCGAAUCAUGUCCCCCGAUCUCACCAGGGACCGCCCCGGUGACAGCCUCGCACCUGGCGACUCUGCAUCCCACGCCGGACUUGAGUCUCCCCCACGAUCUUUCGCUGGCGUUGCCCCUCCCACUGCCGCCACGCCAUUUGCCUUCAAGUUCAAGGCACCCUCUGGUCGAACUCACCGUCUACAAGUGGUUGCCUCCGAAGGCAUUGCCGCUUUCGUCGAGGGCGUGAAUGCCAAGCUUGGUAGCGAGAUAGAGACCAUUGGUGGAAGCCCUACCGUGGAGGAUGGUAAGGUUAGCGGCGGUUACGCCUUGAGCUAUCUUGACGACGAGGGCGACUCUGUGUCCAUCACGACGGACAACGAUCUCUUGGAGGCUAUUCUGCUUGCUAGGCAAAACAGGAAGGACAAGGUCGACUUGUUCGUUCAUGAUCCGGAGAAGCCUCCUGCAGCCCUUCCCAUCCCCGCCGAGUCCUCCAUUGCUACUCCCGUGGAAUCUAUCCCAUCUGGUCUCCGCGAGCGUCGCAGGGCGCAAUUUGACGAGGAUGACGAGGAGUCCUAUGAUGAGUCGGAGGAAGACCUUCUCCCUAGGAAAUCGAGGAAGAGUCGGCAGGCGCCCGUCCCCGAGCAAGUCAUUGCCGGCGUUCCCAACGAGCUCCUUCUUCCCGGUGCUAUUGUAACUUUGGCCGCUGUCAUCGUCGGUGUCUUUGUCAUCUCCAGGGCUACUAGCCGAUAA